GAAGCUAGGUUUGCCGAAUUAGACAGCCAAACACGGCUUACAAAGAAAUACAAAACCCUCUCUCUCUCUUUUUGUCUUUCUCUCUCUAGAAACUCUCUCUCUCUCUCUCUCUCUUCUGAUACAAAAAAAAUGGCGGUGUCUACUAGAAAAGCCUCGAGCGGACCAGUUAUCCGGUCACCAACACCGGCCGGAAGAUUUUCCGGCGGGUACUCUCGCUCACCGUCUUCCUCUUCCUCAGCCUUCGCUUAUUCCAGUUCAAGUUUCUCUUCCAGAUCGACGACCUUCUUCAACAACCACCACCGCUCCGCCUCGCCGCCACGCGUCAACAUGUACGGAGCCUCCCCUACGUCGUCUCCUUCGGUGCGAUUCUCCAUCGACCACCACCGCUCGAUCUCUCCCAACAGAUCCAUCUCCGUCUCCCCACGCGGCGGCGCGUCCGGCGCUGUCGGCAACCCCCACCACCACCAGCAGAUCGUGAAGCGCACCACCCCUCAGAAACGAACCUGUAUGUGCUCUCCCACCACUCACCCUGGCUCCUUCCGCUGCAGCUUACACAAGGGCUUCGGUUCCCAGUCGCACUCACAGUCGGCUCCGCCGAACAGACUCAACGCUCGUAGAUCGGCGAUGACGAACUCCCUCGUCCGAAUCGGCGGCGUUGAAGGCGAUCUAGUGAAGCGAGCCCUUGCGGCCUUGAUUCGACCCUCCUCCCACCAACAGCGGCGGCGCGCCGACUUUCGGCCGCGGCCGAGCCGGCUCUCGGCGAUGACGAAAGCAGCCGAUGAGUGAUUUAUGGUACGUUGACCGUUAAAUCUCUUAGCUUGACUGUUAUCUUACGGUAACGGUGACGACGACGGAGGCGUCAGAGACUUAUAAAGCUGCUUCAGGUUACGAAGAGCUUGGCGACUCGGAAAGCAGCGGAAUUGGAUUGAGUAUUUUUUUGGUGUAAUCCGGUGACCGAAAUUUCCAUAUAUACCCCCUCCCCCCUCUACCCUGUAUAUAUAAAAAUCAUAUAUAAUCUCUCUUAUCAGAGCCUGCUACUGA